UUUCGGUUCUCACAGACUCUUAUCUGGAUGUCUGUAAAUCCGGCUGGACUUUCAGCUUCUAAGAACAGUCCGUUUCUCGAGGAUCCAGGCGCAGGAGGACAGAGCAAUGGGUGAGAGAACUCUUCACGCUGCAGUGCCCACACCAGGUUAUCCAGAAUCUGAAUCCAUCAUGAUGGCCCCCAUUUGUCUAGUGGAAAACCAGGAAGAGCAGCUGACAGUGAAUUCAAAGGCAUUAGAGAUUCUUGACAAGAUUUCUCAGCCCGUGGUAGUGGUGGCCAUUGUAGGGCUAUACCGCACAGGAAAAUCCUAUCUCAUGAAUCGUCUUGCAGGAAAGCGCAAUGGCUUCCCUCUGGGCUCCACGGUGCAGUCUGAAACUAAGGGCAUCUGGAUGUGGUGUGUGCCCCACCCCUCUAAGCCAAACCACACCCUGGUCCUUCUGGACACCGAGGGCCUGGGCGAUGUAGAAAAGAGUAACCCUAAGAAUGACUCGUGGAUCUUUGCCCUGGCUGUGCUUCUAAGCAGCAGCUUUGUCUAUAAUAGCAUGAGCACCAUCAACCACCAGGCCCUGGAGCAGCUGCACUAUGUGACUGAGCUAGCAAAGCUAAUCAGGGCAAAAUCCUGCCCCAGACCUGAUGAAGCUGAGGACUCCAGCGAGUUUGCGAGUUUCUUUCCAGACUUUAUUUGGACUGUUCGGGAUUUUACCCUGGAGCUAAAGUUAGAUGGAAACCCCAUCACAGAAGAUGAGUACCUGGAGAAUGCCUUGAAGCUGAUUCCAGGCAAGACUCCCAAAAUUCAAAAUUCGAACAUGCCUAGAGAGUGUAUCAGGCAUUUCUUCCGAAAACGGAAGUGCUUUGUCUUUGACCGGCCUACAAAUGACAAACAAUAUUUAAAUCAUAUGGACGAAGUGCCAGAAGAAAAUCUGGAAAGGCAUUUCCUUAUGCAGUCAGACAACUUCUGUUCUUAUAUCUUCACCCAUGCAAAGACCAAGACCCUGAGAGAGGGAAUCAUUGUCACUGGAAAGCGGCUGGGGACUCUGGUGGUGACUUAUGUAGAUGCCAUCAACAGUGGAGCAGUACCUUGUCUGGAGAAUGCAGUGACAGCACUGGCCCAGCUUGAGAACCCAGCGGCUGUGCAGAGGGCAGCCGACCACUAUAGCCAGCAGAUAGCCCAGCAACUGAGGCUCCCCACAGACACGCUCCAGGAGCUGCUGGACGUGCAUGCAGCCUGUGAGAGGGAAGCCAUUGCAGUCUUCAUGGAGCACUCCUUCAAGGAUGAAAACCAUGAAUUCCAGAAGAAGCUUGUGGACACCAUGGAGAAAAAGAAGGGAGACUUUGUGCUGCAGAAUGAAGAGGCAUCUGCCAAAUAUUGCCAGGCUGAGCUUAAGCGGCUUUCAGAGCACCUGACAGAAAGCAUUUUGAGAGGAAUUUUCUCUGUUCCUGGAGGACACAAUCUCUACUUAGAAGAAAAGAAACAGGUUGAGAGGGACUAUAAGCUAGUGCCCAGAAAAGGAGUUAAGGCAAACGAGGUCCUCCAGAACUUCCUGCAGUCACAGGUGGUUGUAGAGGAAUCCAUCCUGCAGUCAGACAAAGCCCUCACUGCUGGAGAGAAGGCCAUAGCAGCGGAGCGGGCCAUGAAGGAAGCAGCUGAGAAGGAACAGGAGCUGCUAAGAGAAAAACAGAAGGAGCAGCAGCAAAUGAUGGAGGCUCAAGAGAGAAGCUUCCAGGAAUACAUGGCCCAAAUGGAGAAGAAGUUGGAGGAGGAAAGGGAAAACCUUCUCAGAGAGCAUGAAAGGCUGCUAAAACACAAGCUGAAGGUACAAGAAGAAAUGCUUAAGGAAGAGUUUCAAAAGAAAUCUGAGCAGUUAAAUGAAGAGAUUAAUCAACUGAAAGAAAAAAUUGAAAGCACUAAAAAUGAACAGUUAAGGCUUUUAAAGAUCCUUGACAUGGCUAGCAACAUAAUGAUUGUCACUCUACCUGGGGCUUCUAAGCUACUUGGAGUAGGGACAAAAUAUCUUGGCUCACGUAUUUAAGAGCCUGAAUAUUCCAGGGUCUCACUUUGACACCCAGGCUGGAGUGCAGUAGCACAAACAUGGGUCACUGUAGCCUCAACCUCCCAGGCUCAAGCAGUCCUUUCACCUCAACCCCCCACGUAGCUGGGACUACAGGUGCUUACACCCAAGACCAGUUAAUUUUUUGUAUUUGUUUGUAGAGAUGGGUUUUUCCAUGUUGCCCAAGCUGGUCUUGAACUACUGAGCUCAAGCAAUCUGCCUGCUUCAGCCUCCCAAAGUACUGGGAUUUAGGCAUGAGCCACCAUAUCUGGCCAAUAGUUUCUUUUGAUGUGCAGAAGCUCUUUAAUUUAAUUAGAUCUCCUUUGUCAGUUUUUGUUUUUGCUGCAAUUGCUUAUGUUAUCUUCAUCAUGAAAUCUUAGCCAAGUCUUAUGUCCAGAAUGGUAUUUCUUAGGUUAUUUUCCAGAGUUUUUAUAGUUUAAUGUUUUAUAUUUAAGUCUUUAAUCCUUAAGUUGAUUUUUGUAUGCGGAGUAAGCUGGGGGCCCAGUUUCAAUCUUCUGCAUAUGGCUAGCCAGUAAUCCCAGCACCAUUUAUUAAAUGGGGACUUCUUUCCCCAUUGCUUGUUUUUGUCAGCUUUGUCCAAGAUCAGAUGAUUGUAGGUGUACAGCAUUAUUUCUGGACUCUCUGUUAUGUUCCAUUUAUCUGUGUGUCCGUUUUUGUACUAAUACCAUGCUGUUUUGGUUACUGUAGCUCUGUGGUAUGGUUUGAGGUUUGGUAACUUGAUGCCUCCCCUUUUGUUCUUUUUGUUUAGGAUUGCCUUGGCUAGGCUCUUUUUUGGUUCCAUAUGAAUUUUAAAGUAGUUUCUAAUUCUGUGAAGAAUGUCAUUGGUAGUUUGAUAGGGAUAGCAUUGAACUAUUUGCUCAACUCAACAUUUUAGGAAUUUAUUUCUGCUGUCUAGUGCUCAAAACUUGCAGCUAGAAUUGAGGGAAGAGAGAGACCUUCUUAUAUUGUUUUAUAUUGUUUGAUACUCAGUACCUGUUUUAAGAAAAAACAACAAGGAAGUAAAACCAAAGACAGGCAGCCCAGCACCAGGCCCGAAACCAGGCCUGGGCCUGCCUGGCCUAAACCCAGUAGUUAAAAAUCAACUCAUAACUUAGAAACCGAUGUUAUUCAUAGAUUCCAGACACUGUAUAGAAGAACAUUUGGAAACUCACUGCCUUGUUCUGUUUCUCUCUGACCACCAGUGCAUGCAGCCCCUGUCAUGUACCGCCUGUUUGCUCAAAUCAAUCCUGGCCCUUUCAUGUGAAAUCUUUAGUGUUGUGAGCCCUUAAAAGGGACAGAAAUUGUGCAUUCAAGGAGCUCGGAUUUUAAGGCAGCAGCUUGCCGAUGCCACCAGCUGAAAAAAGCCCUUCCUUCUACAACUCGGUGUCUGAGAAGUUUUGUCUGCGGCUCAUCCUGCUACAGAAUAAACUCCUUGUAAUUCUACAAGAUAUGCCAUGGGCCUUUUCACAGGGGACACAGGCUUCUUAAAACAACCCGGCUUCCUCACCCUAUGUCCUUUAUUUACAAAGCUGUGCUCCUAUUCAUGAGCAUGGAAUGUUUUUCCAUUUGUUUGUGACAUCUCUUAUUUCUUUCAGGGGUAUCUUGUAAUUCUCAUUAUAUGUAUCUUUUGCCUCCUUGGUUAGCUGUAUUUUUAGGUAUUUUAUUCUUCUUGUGGCAAUUGUGAAUGGGAUUGCAUUCCUGAUUUGGCUCUCGGCUUCAAUGUUAUUAACGCCACAUUUUUUAAAUAGACAAAAAUAUGAGAUUAAAAAUGUUGAAUUUUACUAACAAUAAAAGUUGUUCAAAGGAAAACUAUAA